AUGGUUUUGGGUUUCGGUGAACACAACAAGCACGACAGACGCGACAACGAUGACAACAACGACACCUUUGGCAGCUCGAGAUCGGACGGGUACUCGCUGAACCAAUCGGGCUACGGCAACACCGACUCCUACGGCUCGUCCAACAGAAACGAUGACUCGUACGGCUCGUCGAACAAGUUUGGCUCCAGCAACGAUGACUCCUACGGCUCGUCGAACAAGUUUGGCUCCAGCAACGAUGACUCCUACGGCUCGCUGAACAGAAGAGGCAACAACGACGACGACUCGUACGGCUCGCUGAACAGAAGAGGCAACAACAACGACGACUCGUACGGCUCGCUGAACUACGGGUCUGGCUCGUCGGACUCGUACGGCCUGUCCUCGAACAGAAGAGGCAACAACGAUGACUCCUACGGCGGCUCGCUGUCGUUCGGCUCUUCGGGCAACGAUGACUCCUACGGGUCGCUGAACUACGGCUCGUCCAACCGCAGAGGCAACAACGACGACUCGUACGGCGGUUCGUCGGACUCGUACGGUUCGUCGAACAGAAGAGGUGGCAACAGCGACCUGUACGGCAACGACGACUCGUACGGCUCGCUGAACAAGUUCGGCGGCUCGUCGUCGUCGUCGGGUGGCUACGGUGACGACUCGUACGGCUCGUCGGACAGACGUGGCGGCUCGUCGUACAACAACAAUGACGACUACUAG